AUGGCGGCUCCAGCCUUUCCCCCGGUUCCCAGGUCGCUCUUCUAUCCGCGCCGGCCCAAAACGCGCGACAACGAAACCGCCCGCCGCCUCGAGGCCCUUGGAGCUAGCCGCCACACGACCUACGCCCAGCACCUGUGGGGAUUCACCAUCCUGCGGGCAGUCUACACGCCCGAAUCGGACCCUCUAUUCCCCAUCGCCAUGCGACGGCUGGACGCGUGGGCAUGCUAUAGCCCCCGCCAGGGCAGGUUUCCGAAAUACGGACAGGCGUAUGAAAGCAAGGCCGUGACCGACGGGGAGCCCAACGAGGAAUUGGCAAAGAGGUUAUAUUGCGACGUGAUAGAGGACAAGGACAGGCUUGCGGGGAUUCAGUCGGACGCCGAGGGUUUCGCCAAGCUCAGGGACUACUUCCGGGAGUGGUUGGUUAGCGUGGGCGUGCAGCCAGACCUUCCGUCGAAUCAUGACGAGGACGACAACGACGGCGAUCCAGAUCUUGAUCCCGCCCUUGAGCCCAACGAGAGCCAUGACGACCCGAGAUUUCGCAAUGUCCUUGUGGUUGACGAGGAGUGCUUGCGUUCGCUGAUCGAGGAACUACCCGAUGAGACGCCCCCGCUGAGGACGGCAGUGGAUAGGGAAGAAUGGCUCAAAUACCUGCGCAUGGGUAAGAAAGCGUGGCUUUGGAUGCUGGAUACGGGGUAUAUGACCCGAGACGAGAGUCAAUUUUCUCCUCCUGGAUUUCGAGGCUGGUUCAGGCUCGGUCCCACGGAGCUUCUCUGGGCUUGGCGCCACACAUCAACUUCUGUGAUGCCGGCCACGUUAUCGCCGGCAACCGCGGAGGAUCUCCGUCGGGUUGCGAUGGAACAAGAGCAGCUGCACAAGCUUUCGCGCAUGAAAGAGGAGCUCGAGUCGAUGGAUACGCGUGUCGUUAACCAGGCGAAUCUGGAUUCUCUGGGUAUCGUUCUCGGCCCUUCGCUCGAUGUUGACGACAACGGUAACGUCUGGGAUUCUGCUACGUGCUUCUUUGAGCCAUGGGUGCCGGAUGAAGCCCUCCACGAAGUUGCUUCGAACCGAUCGCCGCGGACAUGGAUGGACAAGCUCAAAGAAUCGCGGUAUGGGCAGCCGGAAGCGAAGUAUGGAGAGCUCAAGGCCAAGUGGUUCAGAUACUGCCUCGAGGAACUUUACGAGAUGGAUACAGAGUUGUGGGAACCCUGGGUACGCGGGACCGGGCUCAAUCUGGGGUUCAACGAAAUUCAGAUCCUUGAUCCGUCGACCAAAGAGCCUAUAAACCGCCAAUACUUCCCGGGAGCGGCCUACUUCCCCGUCGACAAGACCAAACCCCACGUCGCUUGCCUGACUAUCGAUUCCAAUCCUUCACCAGGCGACAAGGUCCUCCACAGCGAGGUUGACUAUGCCAUCUCGCUCGUCCACUUCCGGCUCGAGCAGAGCCAACACACCGGACACCACACCAAACCGGUAAUUCCCACCAACCCCCGUCACCCCUCCGAAACAAAACCCACCACAAAAACCACCAAACAACUAACCACCCCCCUUUCCCCCAUCCCGCAGGGCCUCAUCUACACCCUAGAGCGCGACCAAUGGGCACGCAUUACCCAGGUACACCUCGACAGCAAGACCCACAAGCUAGUGCUACGGCAAUCACGCCAGCUAGACCUGCGCGGGCCGACCCCGCCGCCCGACGCCUUUCUGCUGCUGCGCUGGAUGGCCAGCCGGCCCGCCGGUGACACCGAGUAUGUCGACGAGGAGGAGCCGCCCAAGGAGGAGGUUGCGCGGGAUGAGCCGUCGAGCGCGGCGCCAAAGUACCGAGGAACCCAAGAGGGACCCCAAUGGUGUGAUGAUGAGAACAAGUGA